AUGGCUGCUAUGGCCGCUGCUAGACCUGCGGCUGCCGUCGAGAAGCUGCUGAGGAUACCAGAGUCCUUGUCUUGUUCUCUGUCCCAAACCAAAGCAGAUUAUCGUACCCUGGGCAAUAGUGGACUCAGAGUCUCAAACCCCAUUCUGGGAGGCUUGCACUUGGGCAGUUCGAGAUGGCUACCAUGGGUUUUAGAGGAAGAUAAGUCUUUUUAUCUUCAGGCAUUACCGUUGCUAAAAGCAGCGUAUGACCGCGGUAUCAACACCUGGGACACGGCCAAUGUCUACUCAAAUGGGCAAUCAGAGAGAAUCAUGGGGAAAGCAAUUUCGAAGUACAAGAUCCCUCGAAGUAAAGUGGUAAUUAUGACAAAGUGCUAUCGAGUUAUCUGCGACUCUGAACAUUAUGAUGCUGGAGCCGCAGUCACAAUGCAUCACGAGCUGGCAGACAAGAGCAAGGAUUAUGUCAAUCAAUGGGGACUGUCUCGCUCUGCCAUCUUCAAUGCCGUGGAAGCUUCCCUUGAGCGGCUGAACACAAGCUACAUCGAUGUCUUUCAGAUCCACCGCUUUGAUCAUACGGUUCCUAUUGAAGAAACGAUGUGCGCAUUGCACGAUCUGGUAAGGAUGGGAAUGGUGCGGUAUAUUGGAGCAAGCUCUAUGUGGACAUAUCAGUUGGCUGCCAUGCAACACGUGGCCGAGAGAAAAGGGUACACCAAGUUUGUAUCCAUGCAGAACCACUAUAACUUGAUCUAUCGUGAAGAGGAACGAGAGAUGAACAAGUUUUGCAAUAUGACUGGUGUUGGCUUAAUUCCGUGGGCUCCCCUAGCAUCAGGCAGACUGGCGCGUCCACCACAGCAGAAGUCAUCCACUAUCCGGUCUUCCAACGGCACUGGGUCUAUUUACGCUAGUGAUGAGUCAAACACAGAGGAGUUACUACAUAGGGUCCAGGAAAUCGCUUUCAACAGGAAUUGGCCUAUGAGUCACGUCGGCCUGGCAUGGUUGAACAGACGGGUUACUUCUCCCAUUAUUGGAUUUAGCACAACUGGACGAAUGGACGAGGCCUUAGGAUCAAUUGGCAAGGAACUUACUGAAGCGGAGGAGCGGUACCUGGAGGAUCUUUAUCUUCCACAAAUGGUCCAAGGUCAUACCUAG